UCGCUUUACACAGUAAAAGUUCUGACUGCACGACUGCGGGCUGCCGCUGCUUCUUCAGGCUUUGGUGCUUUCUUUCGUACGACUCUGAAAGCAGUGUAGGGUUUGCCGAUAGAAAUCCACGGAUUUGUGUCACCGAUCAGCGUGUGCUGUGGUAAUUAUAUUUUUUGUCCAUGAUGGGCUUUAAAAUUGCCUCUUAGGAAAGCUUUUUUUUUUUUCUUCAAACUUGAAAAAAGUUCCUUUUGCAGGAAUAGUUGAUUUUUACAAACAAAUCAAAAACGCACCAAUUUGAACAAAACAGGCUAUAUGAGUAACUCUUCUUAAGUAACCAUAGGGAGUUUAACUGUAAGAAACAAAUGCAAUCUUGUUUUUUAACCAGUAAAAGUGUGUGAUGUGAAGGUGUCGAUAGGAUGUUAGGUUCUUCUGCUUUAUUUCCAUGGAGAUUGAAUGUAUUGAGAUGGUGCUUUUAGCAAAGUAUCACCCUUAAUGUUUCUGAGGAGAGACUGGAGCUCUGAGUCUCAUCCUGCAGGGCAGUAAGAGAUGAGUGCAGAGAUCUCUUUGACAUCUCCUCUGAGAUUAUGUAAGAAAACUUCAGAAUUCCUCAACGCUCCCCCUACUAAUACUAGCAUUAAAAUAGAGAAAGUCUUAGGUGAAAGGAGUUAGAGUGCUACGCUUGCACACAAAAUACACUGGUUUAGCCGAUGUGAUUGUUAACUUGAUGGAAGAACAAGUAGAGGUGUGUGCUUGGAUGACAGUGCUCAUGUCCUUGGUGGGACAGUCUUGUUGUUUAAGGUUGUAAAGCUGCUGUACUUGGACCUUGUGCAACUUCAUUUGGAAAAUGCUGACUGUGAGCCCUGAUCUCCUGAAUGGGAACUUCUGAGAAGAAUAGUUCUUGGAGCAGCUGCAAGAAAAACCUUCAACAGUUGUAAUUGUGCAUCCAGGGAUGGUGCUGAAAAUAAGCUGUGUUAUGUUUUCAUAGAAGAAACCAACUUGGAAAACCCUGCUGUGUUCAACAGAUGCUAGUUACAAGUGGCUUUUUUUUUCGUGUGGAAGCUGUUGAGAAACUGAAAGGAAACUUCUUACAGCUGCUUCUGUCCUUGUUUGCAUCCUGUGUGUUCUCAUAUACCCACAUCACUGCAGUAAUAGAAGGCUUUCUAGUAGCUCAGUAGCAACAAUGAUAAAACCCUACGUUUAAAAAGACAAAAAUUAUCUUGAGCAUACAGCAUAAUGUAUUUCUUAAAUAUAACUGCAAGACAAAUGUACUCAAUUACAUUCAUGUUAGGGAGAUGUGAUAGAAGAUUAUAUUCCUAAAGGCAGUAAGGAUUCUAAUGGAUUUUGGACCUGGAAUGAAUGCACAGAAGUUAAAAGCUGACCUCUGAGAAAGCCAGAGCUCUCCAGUUCGAGAACUUACACCAAGAAAUAAUGUAAAGUUUUGAAGAGCAAUAGAAGUAUUAAUUCCUGCCAGCUGUUUAGCUGCUUGUUUUUCAUUAUUGUUUAUUGUCUACAUAGAACUGGUUCCCUGGUCAGUGUGCAGAGAAGUUCUUCAGGAGGUUUACAGUGUUUUAGUGUUGAGUGCUGAAGGCAUGCCAUACUUGGUUGGGAUGUUGAUGCUACUUCUCAGCUCUACGUGUAAGACUGAGCGGGUAAUGAAUGUGCUAGCCAAGCUGUUAGCAGAAUAAUGUGGUACCAUUCUAAUACUCAGUGGGUGAUGGACAGUUUGCUUUCAGUUACCUUUCUCUACUAAAAAGAGCAAAAGCCUUAAGAGAAGGGUAUAUGUGGAUGUUCAAUAUACAUGUGCAUUUUUUUUAGUUCUUUUUUUUUCUCCUUUAGGCUUUGUGACGUAAAUAUUAAAAUAAUCCUUGUAAGAUAUAAACAUUUUGCAGUGCUAGUCCCAAAGUAGUUGUAGGUUUGGAUGUUCUACUUUAAAUACAUUUUAUUAGAUGUGGGUGUAGCAGUGUGCAAAGUUGCACUGAUUCGACAGAGCAGAUUCUCCUGCUUGCUGGACAUACGGGACACACUAUUGAUAUGAAUACAUUUUUAGAUGAUCCAGAAUUUGCAGAAAUUGUUCUGAGAGCAGAACAAGCUAUAGAGUGUGGAGUUUUGCCGGAAAGGAUCUCUCAAGGAUCCAGUGGGAGUUACUUUGUGAAGGACAGCAAGGGGAAAACGAUUGGAGUGUUCAAACCAAAAUCUGAAGAGCCUUAUGGACAUCUAAAUCCUAAAUGGACCAAAUAUUUUCACAAGAUAUGUUGUCCUUGCUGCUUUGGCAGAGGCUGCCUUGUUCCAAACCAGGGCUAUCUCUCUGAAGCUGGUGCCUAUCUUGUAGAUGACAAGCUGGGGCUGGGAGUUGUACCCAAAACUAAGGUUGUCUGGCUUGUCAGUGAGACCUUUAAUUACAGUGCAAUAGAUCGUGCAAAGUCGAGAGGAAAAAAAUAUGCUUUAGAGAAAGUGCCAAAAGUUGCUAAAAAAUUUAAUCGCAUUGGACUACCUCCUAAGGUUGGCUCCUUCCAGCUGUUUGUUGAAGGAUAUAAGGAAGCUGACUACUGGCUCAGGAAGUUUGAAACUGAUCCUUUACCUGAGAACACAAGGAAGGAAUUUCAGUCACAGUUUGAAAGAUUGGUUAUCUUAGAUUAUGUCAUCAGAAAUACAGACAGAGGUAAUGAUAACUGGUUAGUCAGAUAUGAAAAGCAAGGUGAUGAACUUAACCUGUCAGAUAAGGAUAUUCAAUGGACUGUAACUGAAGAAUCUACUAUUAAAAUUGCUGCAAUUGACAAUGGCUUAGCAUUUCCCUUUAAGCAUCCUGAUGAGUGGAGGGCGUAUCCCUUUCAUUGGGCUUGGCUUUCUCAAGCACAAGUUCCCUUCUCUCAGGAGACUAGAGACUUGGUUCUUCCUCGCAUCUCUGACAUGAACUUUGUACAGGAUCUUUGUGAAGAUCUUUAUGAACUGUUUAAGACUGAUAAAGGAUUUGACAAGGCUACUUUUGAAAACCAAAUGUCUGUUAUGAGGGGGCAGAUACUAAACCUUACUCAGGCAUUAAAGGAUGGAAAAAGCCCCAUUCAGCUUGUUCAGAUGCCACGUGUAAUUGUGGAACGAAGUAGCACUGGAAGUCAGGGCCGAAUUGUUCAUCUGAGUAACGCGUUCACACAGACCUUUCAUAGCAGGAAGCCUUUUUUUUCCUCCUGGUAGCAACAAAAAUAUGUGGGGAAGAGUAAGCUUCUCUAACUUUGGUAAGCUACUUCUGUGUAAAGGCUCUGCAAUAAUGUACUUCUGCUGUAUACCAAGAGCUCCAACUGCCAUCACCUCAGAACUUAAAUUCUAAAGACUUAAGAAAUGUAUUUUGAGUGUAAUAAAAGUUUACAAUUUUUGUGUCAAAAUCAUGAAUUCAUAUGUCAGGGAAUGAGAAGAACUUGUCCAUACUGUAUUUUUAUAGGCUGAAUUAAUGUAAUCUGAAUAAUACUAAAGGGAAGAUGCACAGUUUGCAAAUGCUGAGAAACUACUUUUGAAUACAACAGAAAUUCUUUUGGUUUAAUAUGAAUAUGAAAAGCUAUAAUCUAUCAGUUUCUUUUUAUAUGUUCUUUAAAAAAAGUGGAAUGUUUUAUUUGAUUGUGAAAAUGCUUUUCCUUGAAGUUUCUGCCUCAUAUUUCAAGCUGUUAAUAGAUUUUCAUAGGCUAUUUACGUGGGGAAAAAAGUUAUGCACUUAAGAAAAUAAUAAUAAUUUAAAAAUCCUUGACACACAUGUGAAGGGGGGGAAGGAGAGAGAUGCUCAGAGUAGAUUUUUUUUGUUGUUGGGAUGCAUGUUGGGACCAAAAAUAAUUAAAUAGCUUUUAGUUGAAUUACAGCAAAACUCAUCCCCAGUAAGUACACACAGUUUUGUUUUUUUUUCUACUGUGACAAAAUGAACUGAGUGUACAUUUUGGAGGGUGAAACUUUACCUGUAGCUUUUAUGUACUUCAGUACAAAAGUUCUGUAUGCAUAAAUGUGGUAUUUCUUUGUAGAUAGAUUACAACAAAAGAAUUGCACAAUGGUACAGGUUGGGUUUUUCCUUAUAACUGUGUUAAUUUGUAGUCACCAAAGUGGUUCUUCACUAUUGAUGACAGAAGCACUAUUAAUCACAAAGCUAGUCUGCCUCCUGAAUUUCUAACCAAACACACUGUUAUUUUUUGACUGGAAGAAAAAAAAAACCAACUUACUGUAAUAUACAGAGCACAGAGAUUUAUAAUUGGACCCUCAACAAUGUUAUGCUCAUUUGCCAAUUUUCAUUUAUGUUUAAGUAAUGUGACUUAAGACUUGAUAGUCAUGCUUCUAGAUUUGUAGCUUAUGUUAUAUGAUAAAUGUUUAUUUUCGUAACUUUUCAGUGAAGACCAGGAAUGGGAGAAAAAAUUGCUGCUUUUAUGAGAGAAACUUUCAGUAUUUCAGAUAUUGCUGUAUUUUGUAAUUCUAAGCAAUAUUGCUGAACUCAAAUGCUUGUAUUUUAUAUAAUUUUGGAUGUAAAUAUUGUUGUAGCGUGUCAGCAAUUCACAUGAUUAACUGAAGUGUUUAAGCCUUAAAUGUUGAAAAAUAGAAGAAAUACAGUGUGAUGGAGUUGAAAACUGAAAUGACCACCUUUAUAAAUUUUCCAUUAUUUGUUUUUAUCCAGUUUAUUAAAAUUUAAAGAAGGUAUUUAUGUACCAGACCUCCUACUGAAGAAAAUAAAUGUUAAAGUCUGAAACGCA